AUGACCCGAUCUUUGAAUAUGAAUAGCGCUGCUUGGCUAUUUCCCUUCCGAGGAAUCCUGUACUAUUCCACCCAUCGCUUUCUCUGGCCCUUAUUUAAAGCUCGAUUAAUCCCAAUCAUCCUCCUUUCGACAUUUAUCUACGUCCUCCUCUUCCUCUUCACAUACAUACCGCAAGUCGCCUUCCUCGCCAUCUUCCAAGGCAAAACCGCCUGGAUCAGCGGUGCCUUCUUAGUCCUGGGCGAAGGCGCAGCCAUCGUGGCCGCGCUGUUCGAAGCAUUCUUCGUUGACGAGACGCUGGUGGAUAUAUUUGAUGCGGUACUAGUCAAUGAAGGUCAUGGAGAGCUAGUUACGACUUCUCGGGUGCUAUAUCCCCAGGGAGAUAAUAUCGUGCAGCGGCUUGGGAAACCGAUGAAGGGGGCUGUGUAUGCGCCGUUUUCCCUGAGACAGAUUGUUGAGUUUGUGAUUCUGCUGCCGCUGAACUUGAUCCCCGUUGCUGGCGUGCCGAUGUUCCUGCUGUUGACGGGCUAUCGUGCUGGACCGUUUCACCACUGGCGGUACUUUCAGUUGUUGGAUGUGCCGAAGAAGCAGAGGAAGGAGCGGAUUCGGCAGAGGCAGCUUCAGUAUACAUCGUUUGGAACGGUGGCUUUGCUGCUACAGCUGGUUCCGAUUUUUUCGAUGUUCUUCCUGAUGACGACGGCCGUCGGCUCUGCUCUUUGGGCUUCAGAGUUGGAAAACAAACGUGGUCUGUUGGAGCAGCGACGUGAGCCAGAAAUUCCGAGAUAUAACGACGAGGAAGCGGCCUAA